AUGAAGUAUUUUUGUGGAGGUACGUCGUCUUCUUCUAUUUUUUCUUCUCUUAAUCAUUCUUGCUCUUCAUCUUCGGUGUGGUGGAAAGAUUUGAUUUCUCUUGGAAAUAUUCCGGUGGAAGACCCUGUAGAGACGAAAUGUCGGUUUGAGAUUGGAAAUGGUUUUAUCACUCCGUUUUGGGAGGCUCGAUGGGUGGAUCAUUUUAGUUUGAAGGAGUUUUUUCCUUUUUUAUUUUCGGUUUCUAGUUUUAAACGGGUGGCGGUGGCUAGUAUGGGAGGGUGGGUGAAUGGUGUAUGGAAGUGGGGGAAUUUUGGUGUUUCUUUGAGUGUACACUCUGACCCGAUAGUGUUGGCGGAGUAUGUUCUUCUCCAUCUUAUGUUGAUUGGCCGAAAUACUAUCAUGGAGGGUAGGGAUAAGGUCUCGUGGGGUGGUUCGUCGGAAGGUUUGUUUUCCGUUGCCUCUUGCUAUGUUUUUUUGGCCGGUCAUCGUUAUCCUUUUGGUCCUUCUAAUAGAAGUGAUGUUGUGUUAGAUUUAAUUUGGAAGGUUCAUGUGUCGUUCAAGAUAAAGGCUUUUGGUUGGAGGAUUUUUGUGAAUAGACUUCCAACAAAGGAUUUAUUAACGGUUAGGGGCGUUCCUUUGUCGGUAGAGAAUUUAAAGUGUGCUUUUUGUGGUAGUUUUCCGGAAAGUUGUGACCAUUCUUUUUUCAAGUGUGAUAUGGUGAAUGUUGUUUGGAGAGAGAUGGCUCUUUGGGUUGGGAAGCCGGUGGGUGGUAUGGAAGAAGUUGGUUUAUCGAGUUUCAUGGAUUGGUACCUCUUUUGUAAAAAAAAGAAAGUUAAAGAGGGGAAAUGUGGCGUGAUUUGGUUAGCUAUUUUGUGGAUAUUUUGGUUAACUAGGAAUGGUAUGUGCUUCCGCAAUGAAGGUUGGGUUGUUGAUAAUACGGUUUGGAAUAUCAAGUCUUUGUUAUGGAAGUGGUCGUUUUUUGGAGAAAUUACGCACCCAUUAUAUAGUUUUUAUGAGUUUACAAAAGGUCAUUUGUAUUUCCUCUCAUAA